GUGUCGGUGAUUCAUCCAGUUCAUAUAAUUAUUCCAUUACCACUCGAAGAAAGCUCAGAAGAACUCAAGAACCCUUUUAAACUUUCCAUCCUCAAGGUAAGACCGGUUGUCGAUCUCGCACUAGACGAUGCUUAUAGGAAAUUCCAAUAUGUGCCACCUGAUUCGAUGGCUAUCACCUAUCGGGACAGUAGGCUCUCCGACGCGCACGGUCCUAACGUAGCUAUUCAACAAUUGGUCAAGAAUCGGUUGGAUUGCAUAAUUGGUUACGCUUUUGUAUACGCUCUAGCACCGGUAGCUCGGAUGUGCCCUUACUGGCAGGACGACGAUAGCAAUGGUAUCCCUGUCAUCACUUCCAUUGGCUUGACAAUGAAUCUGGACAACAAAGAGGAGUAUCAGACUUUGACCAGAAUUAGUGGACCAUACAAGGUGCGUUUUUUCUAA